CGUCAGAUCCGCAAAGCAUUUCGGGCUACUGGAGGCUGAUUCGCCCAACAAUACAAACAACAAGCCGCUGGACAUAUAGUGGAAUCCGCUGCACAUGCAUUGACAUAAAUUCACCCCCCAUGAAUGCAUGCUUAUUUCCUCACUUUUUGGGAAGUGGCAGUAUAUAAUCGCGAAUGAACUGGGAUAAAAUAUCCAUCGCGCGCGACAAAUAGCUAAUCCUAAAAUAGGAAAUACACAGUAACACUCCAGUAUGGCGGACAGUAUGAUGAGUAAAGCAGCCACUAUGGAGAUUCCUUUUAACAGUAAUGGGGACUCUAGGAAUCUAGCAGAAGAUGACAGCCUGGAGCAGGCUGCAAAGAGUCAGUGGCGCUUAAGAGAGAAGGUAGGGAGUCCCGCAGGCCUCAGGGACUUACAGCAGGUCAUGGUGUCCGGACCCAAUCUUAAUGAGACCAGCAUCGUAUCAGGUGGUUAUGGAGGUACAACAGAAGGCAUCAUUCCGACAAGCUCCAUCAAAGGCCCUGCAGUCCGUCUUAACAUUGACUUUUUGGGCAACAGACGCAUUCCAAAUGAAGGGCAAGGGUCCAACAUGCAUCACUCCAGUAGCAAUUCCUCCACGACAGCAGAAGAGGCCACAAGAGGCAUUGCUGUGGAGAAGUUUGACAUCAUGAAGAAAUGGGGUCUGAGCACGUACAAGUGCACCAAACAGAUGAUCUCUGAGAGGUUUGGCCGUGGCUCACGUACUGUGGAUUUGGAGCUGGAGGCUCAGAUUGAGGUUCUGCGGGAAACCAAACGGAAGUACGAGAAUGUGCUGCGUUUAGCGCGAGCGCUAACCAACCACUUUUACAGCAUGGUGCAGACCCAGCACGCCCUUGGAGACACUUUUGCCGACCUCAGUCAGAAGUCUCCAGAACUUCGGGAUGAGUUCGGAUACAAUGCUGAAACACAGAAGUUGCUGUGCAAGAAUGGAGAGACUCUGCUCGGUGCCAUCAACUACUUUGUGUCCAGCAUCAACACGCUGGUGAACAAAACAAUGGAAGACACAUUGAUGACUAUCAAGAUGUACGAGAAUGCCAGGCUAGAGUUCGAUGCACACAGGGCAGAUCUGGAAGAGUUGAACAUGGGCCCACGGGAUGCUGUUACUAUGGCUCGUAUCGAGGCUGCUCAGCAGCAGUACCAGAUCCACAAGGAAAAAUAUGAGCGUCUCCGCAGUGAUGUCAGCAUCAAGCUCAAGUUCCUGGAAGAAAACAGGGUCAAAGUGAUGCACAAGCAACUUCUCCUGUUCCAUAAUGCUAUCUCUGCCUACUUUGCUGGAAACCAGCAACAGCUGGAACAGACCCUCAAGGAGUUCAACAUUAAACUCAAACCACCAGGGGCCGACAAACCCUCUUGGCUGGAGGAACAGUGAAAGUGCCCGUUUACCCCUGGUUUCCUGUUAUGUCUUUAUCCACACAGAGCGACACAGUUAGGACCACAAGAGACCAGCGUUCUGAGAUGCUAGCAGAGACAGGGGCUACAACAGAGCCUCCUUCACACUAACUCGCUCUAUACUUCUCUUCCUUGAUUCUUCUUUUCCUCCUCCUCAUCCUGUUCUUGCUCUGAGACUGUUUUCAAGUGUCUGAAUAGUCACAUGUAGUAUGUAACUGGUCCCAAAGGUUCCAAUCAAAUGUCAGUUUAAGCUUCAUCCCUAUAAAAUCCUUCUGAUGUGUCAUGCAAAACAGCUGUUCUUUCCAGAUUAUUCUCAGUCUUACUCGCACGUUCUCUCUCUCUCUCUCUCUCUCUCUCUCUCUCUCUCUCUCUCUCUCUCUCACUCUCUGUGAGUGACCACAUCUUGAGGAAAUGUUCCUUUUGUUUUUCUGUGAAAAGCGUUUUAUUUUGCUACUACUAUCUUUUUUCUGUAUUGUAGAUUUGGUCUUGUAGCUAAUGGGGGGGGGGGGGGGGUCCAGAUUAUUCCUGUCACAGAGUGUUGGUGGUUCUAACAAAAAGUCAUUUUAUUUUGAAAAAAAAAAAACAGAUAUAGUUUUAUCUGAUAUUGGUAUUGAAUAAGGAUGUACAUUUGUGUUUACUAUUCCAUGAAAGUAUGGUUUAGUCAAUCCUUCCAGCUGUCUUUCUUUGAAAUAUUUUGAAUUAAUGAAAUAUUGCAUUUAAUAUCUUAAAAUGAGGUACUCAUUUUAAGUUAUUUAAUCUCAAAUUAAUAAUACUGAAACAUGAUAUGGACUGAAUUUCAUCUAAUGUGGGUGUAUAGUUUCCUGCACGUUUAACAAAGCCCAGCAAGAUAAAUCUAAAAAUCAGUUUCUUUACAGUUUUGAAUUUCUGAAGCAUGAUUUUGUUUAUUGUUUUAUUUUGACAAUUAUAGUUUGUAGUAUUAUGUACCAGUGCAUAAUGCUCCAGAAAGUUUAUAGGUUUAUUUUUAAGUUAAAAAUAAGUUAAUCAAGGAAGUGUAUGUAUGAGUUGUUUUUGAUUGUUUUAAAACAGGCCAGUUACUAAGUCCCACCAUUAUCUGCCUCUUUAUCUACCAAAAUUUGCACUAAUAUUUAUGUUCUGACUUGUGUUCUGUUAACGUAUAUAUUCUUUCAUUGUUCAUUCAAAUUGCAAUUGGUUCUGAUGCACCCUCUGCUUAAUUACUUUAUCUGCCUCGGCAAAAAAAAAAAAAAAAAAUUCCCCCAAUGAAAGAUUUAUAUUAAUAUCACAGUAAUAGUUUUUUCUUUCUGUGCCAUAGUAGUGCUAACGAAUCAUUUCAUUAGUCUAACUCUCACAAUGUUUCACAUAAAUAUAGUACAAAAUCUAACUGAAUUAUAUAAACAUAAACAUUUCAAGAUAUGUUUUGCAUUUAUUUUUAUUUGUGAUAAGAUGGUAUAAUCAGAUGAGUUUUACUUCGUUUUCACUACAUAAUUUUUCACAGAAAAUAUCUACAUAAUGCUCCCUGAUAACCUUUAUUUUUAUAAAUUAUUUUUUUUUUUUUCUUUCUUCAGUGAGUUCAAAACACACUUUGAAAUAUGCUUUUGCUGUCUUAACACAUUUGAUGCAGUGAUAAUGGGGUUAAAGCGCAGACUGUCAGAUUAUGGUUUAUGUCAGUCUGGUUUAUUUUGGUAACACUUUACAAUGAGGUUCAUUAGGUAGCAUUAACAAAUUACAUUACAAUAAAAUUACCUUAACAAGGAUUAAUAAAUUGUGUAGUAAGUGUUUUGUUUAUUGUCUGUUCAUGUACGUUUAUACAUUAACUACAUGUUAACAAAUGCACCUUAUUGUAAAGUGUUAUCUUAAUUUUUUUGAUUUCAUUAUGUAAGCCUGAAAUAACAACUAUGAUCUAAUGUUCAGUACUUUUGAACAUUGCACUAACUCUUUCUAAGCUUGAGACAAAGCAAUACUGAAGAUGUUUCUAGAAAGUAUAUUUUCAUGCCUGUAUUGUCUGUCCCUUGUGUGUUUCUGCAUGGCAGGUCUGAUAACAUUAGUUGUACAUUUCCAUGCAUUGUGAUUCAAUCCUUUUCAGUGUAUCAGUAAAACACUACCGGGGUACUACUGCAGGAAAAUUAUUCUAGAAAAAACAAAAGGGAAAGGGUUCUUCUGAAUGUUAAAGGAUGCUUGAAAUUUAGAUUGAAUGUCAACUAAAGAAGACUGUACAAUGUCUAUUUUAUUUACUUUUUUUUAAAUACAAAGUAUUGUGUUUUAUGUCCUGGCACAUUUGUCAACAUGUUGAGAUUGGUAGGGUGUGUGUUCUUUCAUCUUGAGAGAUGGAGAAAAGGGUUACAUCUUGAGCCCCAGAGACUGAACUGAUUCAUGAAGUGAUUGACAUUUGUACCUGACCAAUGGGAUUUUAACUUUAGACCCUUCUGAACACACACAAAUACAUAUAUGUGUGUGUGUGUGUGUGUGUGUGUGUGUGUGUGUGUGUUUAUUUAUCCCCCCAGUAGAUUUCUUUUUUUCUUUUAUAUCAAAUGCAUCUAUUAAGUUUUUUUUUGUCGUUUUAUCUCUGAUUUUUUUUCUUGCUAUUAUUAUUUUGAUUGCUGUCAACAGAAAUGUUUGGCGUUUAAAUGCUUACUCCAUUAAUAGGCCUAGUUUUAGAGCAUAGCAGAAUGAAAGGGUUAUAAUAAUUAACUUAUUUAUGUACAAUCAAUAUUUAAGGCUGCUUUGUGGUAUUGUAGUGUAUAAAUGAUUGUAUAUAUGUAAAGAUAAGACAGAUUUUGAAACUGGAAACCCAUGAUGUUAGACUUUGCUCCUGGCUUUGACCAAAUGUUUGACCAACAAACGUACAAGAACCCACCAGAUAAAAUUUGAAAGGUUUGCAAAAA